AUGAUGUCCAUGUCCACCUACUGGCCCAGCAAUACCAUCACCGUGCCCUCCAAUAACAUGCCAGAUCAGAUGCAACACCACGACUCCCAGGCAGAUCUCUUGACCUUUGCCUUUUCCAGCCCCAGAGCGUACAAUCCCAACCAGCCCAUCUUCAUUGAUGCCGAGGAUCCAUCUCGCUCCUUGACGGCAACGCAGUUUCGGUAUCUGGUUCGAACUUUGAUCGCUGGGCUCAAGGCGCAUCAAGUCCAACGUGGGGAUUGCGUGUUGCUCCAUUUGGGAAAUAGUAUUCUUUAUCCGGCUCUCUUCUUCAGCAUCAUCGGCGCUGGGGCCGUGUACAUGGGCUCGAACCCGCGAAGCCAACAACAAGAAUUGGAUCAUAUUGUGGGACUGGCGGAGCCCAAGUUGAUCCUCACCACCCACGAUGCCCUCCCUACCUUGCAAGAGGUGGCUCAGGCUCGUGGCAUUGCACCAAGUCAGAUCUGCGUGGUCGACGAACGCGCUGUCGAUCAUUGCGCCCAGCUAUUUCUGCGACAUGAGAUGAGAUACCCGGCCAGCGCGGAGCUCCUCGGUGGCACCUGCGGUGCCACGAACGGUCGCAUUGGAAACUUUGCCGAUCUACUCUGCUAUGGUGAGACCGACUGGAUGGUGUUCUCGGAUGCUCUCUCAGCGCAGAAUACCCCUGCCGCCAUGUUCUCGACAUCGGGAACGGGAGGUCUUCCCAAGGCAGCCAUUCUGUCGCACCACGCCAUCAUCUGUCAUCACCGGACAAUCUACUACGACGUGCCCUACCCCGUGAGUCGCCUAAUGGCACUUCCCAUGUUUCAUCUGUUCGGUGCUUUAUGGACCCAUAUCUUCCCUGUCCGCCACGGCCAUCCGCUCUUUGUGCUCCCUCGGUUUGAACCCAAACAGUUCCUGGCCACGGUCCAUCGGUAUCAAAUCUCCGAGACCUAUCUUGUUCCAGCCAUUGUCACUUCCCUCGUUCGCUCUCCCCUGCCCGUGUCUGAGUACCUGACCUCUUUGCGCUAUGUUGGCAUCGCGGGAGCCCCCAUCGACGGUCCUUCCAUCAUGCAAUUUCGCAGUCGGCUUCAUCCGUUGGCAUACGCAUGUCAGCUUUGGGGCAUGACCGAGGUGGGAGUGGUUUUCCAGACUCGGUAUGGUCAACAUGGCGACCCGGGCAGUAUUGGAACAUGCCUCCGAGGAUAUGAGAUUCGUCUGGUCGAUCCCGACGGGCAAGUUAUUCGCAGUGAUGAGUGCUCUGGUGAGCUGUACGUGCGAGGACCGGGACUAUUGAUGGCCUACAAGGGCCGGACCGAUGCCAAGGAAGCACAUGGAUGGUAUCGCACGGGCGAUUUGGCGUACAUGAAGGAGGGUCAUUACUUUAUCGUGGGACGCACAAAGGAGUUGAUCAAAGUCCGAGGAUGGCAAGUCGCUCCCGCCGAGCUCGAAGGCGUUCUCCUCGGCCACCCUGGGAUCUCAGAAGUCGCUGUCACCGGUGUCGAUCUCAAGGACGGCCGCGGUGAAGUGCCACGCGCGUUUGUCGUACGUUCACGCGACUCGACGGUGGGCCGUCUCACGGCAGAGGAGAUAUACAAUUUUGCUCGGCGCCAAUUGGCCAGCUACAAGGCGCUCGACGGCGGAGUAGUCUUUGUCGAAGAGAUCCCCCGAACAGCGAGUGGGAAGAUUCAGCGAUUCAAGCUGGCACAGAUGAACGAGUAUAGAGAGAUGGUCUCUUCACUUCUUCAACGAUUGGAAGGGCCGGCAGUACCUACGAUGGGUCGGCUCACCUCGAAUGCGGAUGUUGCAGCUGUGGGAGUGGCUUGA